CCAGCAGCAAAGGUGGGUAUACUCAUGAAGGAUUAUGUCUUUCAUGUAGUCUUGUUGGUAUGCUGCGCACUCGCGCACUUUGUUCUUGGGAAUGAGGAAUGCGAUUUAUACUUUAGAAACCUCACCAAUGCGAUUUCUUCAACAUACCUCUGUUUCGGAGAAUUCGGCCAGCCCAUGUCGAUAUGCAGUCGGUGUUUUUGCAACAUUACAACGUUGGAAUUGCUUUUAAACGACUCGGUGCCGAAAAAUGAUUUUGGAGUACCUUGCAGGUUUUUUAUUGAACAGGAGAUUUUGGUUGAGCCAUGGAUCCGUAUUAUCUCACCUAUACGGAAAAUUUGGCAAAAUGCUCACUGUAAUCAGUGCUUAAUUGAGCCGAAUUCCACAUAUAACCGUACCUCAUUCCCAAAUGAUGGCGCUGGUAGCAGUCUACCAAAUUAUAAUCUCUCCGCAUACAACGGCGCCACAAGGCGUUUUUUCGAUCAAAUUACGGCGCUCUCUGAAUGCAUUGCCAACCACACAUUUAACAGCAACGCCUCAUUCUUGGAUCAAAUCAACUUUCCAACGGAACCAUCGAUUCACAUUAAUAAAAGCGUGUGCCUGAGAUGUCGCCAAGACUACGAUAAACUCUACAGCGUCUACCAGUCUUGGGUGCGGCAAAUAUUAAAUUACGAAAGCAACAGAUGUCACCAUCCACUAGAAACCGCUCCAUUCAGAUACGACAAAUUAUGUGCCGAUGUCGUCGACGCCCUGAACCGCACUCAAUUCGUGUGGCUCGGUGUCCUCGAUUGUUCUAACCCACCGGAUACGAAGUCAACGAUUGUUUUGCUGCCGCUAAUCAUUUAUGCUCUUGCCGCAGCAGCGUUCCACGCUGCCAUGCUUUGCGUCUUUCAUCGACCCAGUCGUGUGAUCGUUUAUAUGCAGUCCAGGGUCGAGACAGUCACUGACACCAUGGAGGGAGCGCCAGUUAUUGAGGAACCCAAUGCCAGAGGGAACCACCACUUCAAUCUCUUUCAUAAGACCAGUUUUGCUCCGAUGACGAGGCGCAUUCCCUGUGACACUCUAAAUACAGUUCCCCCCAACACCAGUGACUUGUAA